AUGAAAGAAUUAAAUGAACAAGGAUUACGUAGACGUAAGUCGAUUAAAAACCUAAAAUUGUCACAUCCUAAUUCAACUGAUCAUAUAAAACCACUACAUUAUAAUGACAAUAAUAAAAUGUAUAAUAAAUUAUCACAACGAUAUAUAUCAUAUAUUGAUAAAACACCAUUAACACAUCAUACAAAAUCAGACUCACGAAUGAUAAAUAUCAUUGAAAUUAGCAUUAUAUGUGGUGUAUUUUUAACUGGGUAUUUUGUUUAUCAUUAUUCCGAUAGAAUGUAUAUACCUAUCAUGAAGUUCUAUGCUCAUUUAGGUAUUAAAGAAGCUCAGAAUCGUCUCAGUCAACAUUUACUUUAUCACGCUAAUACCAAAGAACAAUAUGAAGAGGCUAUUUAUUGGUUAAAAAUAUCUGCUAUUCAGAAUAAAAAUCCAAUCGCAUCAUACAACUACGUGAUCGCACAUUUUAAAGAGCACACUACAGAAAGUAAUUUAACAACAAAUCAAGUCAAUGACUUGCUGGUUCAUGCAUUGAAUAAUGGAGUUCCUGAGGCGCAACAUUUAUUAAAUCAUUGCAGCAAAUUAGAAAAUCUAGCCAAAUUAAAAAAUAUUGUACUGUCGGAGGAAUCAGGGGACGAAUACGAAGAAAUCGCUGACUACCUAAUAUGA